CCGGUCACAAACACAUAACUUUCUCCAUCUUUGACACAUGUUUACGUCUGAGAGAUUUUUACCUUGAACAUUCACCAUGGAAUUCUGGAAUUUUGUGUUUAUGACAAGUUUGAUGACAACACAAAUAACGGCUGUCCUCCCGUCAAAACCUUGGGUACAACCUGAAGAUGUACACGACAAAUCGGUAAUUUCUCCUUUUCAACCAGAGGCUACACCAUUGACUCAGCAAUCGGACAUCACCCCCGGCGAACACAAACAUGACUGUCCAGCCCCACCGGUGUGUAGUUGCAGUGAUAUUAAUAAUGUCAUCGAUUGUUCCGGUAGAGGACUGACUCGCGUUCCAGAAUUCAGUAAAAGUGACGGCUUAUGGGAUCUGUACAUUAAGAAUAACAACAUACACAAUUUGACAGAUGAUGACUUUCAGAAAAUCCAGAUAGAAUAUCUAGAUCUAUCAAAUAACUCGUUGUCCGCUGUUUCUGACAACGCCUUCCGUGGUUUGGAAAAUUCUCUCAAAACAUUACAUAUCGAGACUAAUCAUUUGGAAGGCAUUCCUAAAGCGGUCAUGAGUUUGAGUAAUAUAUCCUCCCUGAAAAUCCAACAAAAUCCAAUUACACAUUUGGAUGAAAACGUGAUGAAGUCCCUUGCCAAAACGUUGAUGACGUUUCAUUUUGGUUUUGAGGGAAUGGUCACCUGGCCUUCGUCUGUACAGAUUCUGAACUUGUUUGAGUUGGGGAUCUACAAUCUUCCAUUAGAGGAACUACCAGAAACAGCGUUUAGAAAUCUCAAUAUCAGUUGGUUAUACUUGAAUUCUAUGAAGUUGACAAAACUUCCGUCUAGUUUCGGAGAUCUUGAGAAGCUCUUCUUCUUAUCUUUCAACACUGACAAGGAACUGACAUCGAAUGGUGUUCCCAGCAGCCUGUUUGAAGGUCUCAAAGGACUGAAUGAUCUUCAGAUUAUAAAUAGUAAACUCACAGCACUUCCGGACAUAUUCCACUACAUUACCGGCCUAUUUCAACUCGAGAUAAACUCCGUUCCUAUACGUGAAUUUACCUCGAACAUGCUUCCGGAGAAUUCCAAUAUCACUAUUGCCAACUUUAACGACACCCUCUUCGACGAGGUUCCGUCAGCUAUAUCUGAAAUGAAGCAGUUAAGUGUUCUAAGUUUGAACUAUAACAACAUCACGACUAUUCGAUCAGAGGAUUUCGCCGGACUUACCAAAUUGCGAUACAUAUCUAUCUCGAACGCCCCACUUAAGAACGUGUCUAUGGAUGCGUUCCAGACACUGAGUUCCCUGGCGUAUAUCGCUUUGGACAACACGGCACUGACUACCGUUCCGCGAGCUAUAGAAAAUGUCAAAUUUGACAUAUUGAGUUUGUUCGGAAACAAGCUAAUCUGUACCUGCGAAUCGAUGGGCUGGAUGAAGAACUGGUCGGGUGCUAGUAGAAUCGGCAUUAACGGGCAGUGUUCGAACCUUGGAAACAUGCAGGUUGAAGAUUACAUCAAACAGGACAUUCCCAGAUGUCCUUGAUAAUUUCCUGUUAGUUAUGUAGCUUUCGACUAAUUAAAUAUUG